AUGGCCGCCAGGCGAGGCCCGGGGCCGGUCCCGGACCCCGGCCCGCCUCCCCUGCCUCCCGAGGAGCCGGAGCGGCGGAACCCUUCGUGGUCGUCGUCGGGCCCGGCCCUCCGCUUCGACAGGCCCAUCAAGCAGGCGUUCUACAACACGGGCGCCGUGCUGUUCGUCUGCCUGUGCUGCGGGACGGCCGUGCUGGUCUACUUCAUCCUGGAGGCCUUCCUGCGGCCGCUGCUCUGGGCCGUGCUGUGCGGGACCUUCCUGCACCCCUUCAAGAGCUCGCUGACGGGGCUGGGCCGCCGCUGGCUGGGCCGCCUCCGCCGGGCCGGGACGCCGGUCCUGCCGGCCGUCCUGCUGCUGCCCAUCUGCUGCGCCAACUGGGGCGUCGAGGCCCUGGGCCGCCAGGUGGUCCGGCGCCGCCGCCUCCUGCUGCUGCUGGCCGCCGGCCUGCCCCUCCUCUCCGCCCUCUACCUGCUCGGCACCUACCUGGGCCUGCAGGUCCUCCUCGCCCACGCCGCCCUCCUCAUCUGCCGGGGCCUCGACUACUUCAACACCCUCUGGAUCUGGACUUUGGUGGUUGGAUAUGUGCUGACUGUUUCCUUCAAGUGGAAUGCAAGUACUGAGCGCUACCUGCGAGCCAUUUCAGUUCCUGUCUGGAUUAUUCUGCUUUUCCAUUUAGCAUCUGUCGCUGGCUCUUGGCGGAUCCCGGUGUUCCUGGUGAUCGUCUUUCUGAUGACCGUGGGCACCCUCCAUGAAAAGCAGAGUGGGAAGGAGUCUUCAGGGGUUGAGAGUGGUUUUUUCAGACCAUUGCUUACUCUUCCAGGGGCAGAAUUACCUGGCCAGGUGAUUUCCUUGGCUGCUUCCAAACUUGCGACAUUUGCCAUAUCCAUCACAGGCUAUGAGCCAGGUCACGAAGAAGCCCACUCUACAGAACCCCCAGACCAUGGGGAACCUCUUCGGGCAUCAUCCUCUUCCUCCGUCUACAUGUCAGCUUCCUCUCCUUCCCCCACUUCUGGUAGGCAGAGACCCGAAAUUGGAUCCUUCCUGAGAAAGAAGAAAACCAGUGAUAUCUACUUCGUGACACUAGUUUGGGCCAUAAUUCUAGUCCAGAUUUGGCUGAAUCUGUGGAUCGUGCAGUUGCUGCCUGUACCUGUUGCAGUGUGGAUACUCAAAAAACUCAUCGUCCACUUUGGCGUCGUGGACUUCUUCGAGAAACGCUGCUAUGGCUGGUGGAAAGUUCUAGAACACUUUGUCAAGGAACGGCAGGAGGCUCUGGCACCUCGACCCAUCAUAGGGCUCGGGAGGUUCAUGCUGAAAAUGGACAGCAAGCUCUGGCACUGGCUUAAUAAGAAGAUGAUUGUAUGGUUGGAGAAAAUGCUAGAUAAAAUAAUUAGCAUUUUCAUCAUAUUUUUGCUAGUAAUAGGAACCCUUCUCCUAGCCCUGCUCCUCACUGCAAAGGUGCAUCAGGAGAGCGUGCAUAUGAUCGAGGUCACAAGCAACUUAAUCAAUGAGACUGUGGCCAAUCACCCAGAAUGGGCAAACUUGAAGCGUGUUAUCCCUGAAGGCUCUGGACAGUUGUGUGAUUUUGGCAGAUAUAUUGGCACGUUGGUUAAAAAAGCCAGCUGGCUCCCUGAGGCACAGGUAGUUCAGAGAGCCCUCAAUUCAGCUGCUAACAAUGUCUACCAGUACGGACGAGAAUGGAUAACACAUAAGCUCCAUAAGAUUUUAGGAGAGAAAGUGAACAACACCGCCAUGAUUGAAAAGCAAGUGCUAGAACUCUGGGACCGACUUUAUCACUCUUGGUUUGUGAAGAAUGUAACUCAUUCCGGAAGGCACAAAGGCCACAAGAUGCAUAUAAAUCGACAGAAUAGCUGGCUUGGCGAUAUAUUGGACUGGCAGGAUAUCGCUUCCUUUGUUCACGAGAACAUUGAGACAUUUCUGUCUAUCCUGGAGUCCCUGUGGAUAGUGAUGAGUCGCAACGUUAGCCUGCUUUUUACCACCGUUACCACGUUGGUGACUAUCCUCUUCUACAGCGGCACUGCCCUGCUCAAUUUUGUCCUGUCUCUGGUGAUUUUCCUGACCACACUGUUCUACCUAUUGAGCUCCAGCGACGAAUACUACAAGCCCGUGAAGUGGGUGAUCAGCCUGACUCCACUGUCCCAGCCAGGCCCUUCUUCAAACAUAGUCGGUCAGUCGGUGGAGGAAGCCAUCAGAGGUGUGUUCGACGCUUCGCUCAAAAUGGCCGGGUUCUAUGGGCUGUACACCUGGCUGACACAUACCAUCUUUGGGAUCAACAUUGUCUUCAUCCCAUCAGCGUUGGCCGCGAUCCUGGGAGCGGUUCCAUUUUUAGGGACGUACUGGGCCGCCGUCCCCGCCGUCCUGGACCUGUGGCUGACCCAAGGGGCGGGCUGCAAAGCCAUCUUGCUCCUGGUGUUUCACCUCCUGCCGACGUACUUCGUGGACACUGCGAUCUACUCUGAUAUAUCGGGAGGCGGCCAUCCGUACUUGACGGGCUUAGCGGUGGCUGGCGGGGCCUACUAUCUAGGCCUGGAAGGGGCCAUCAUAGGUCCCAUCCUCCUCUGCAUACUGGUCGUCGCCUCCAACAUCUACAGCGCCAUGUUAGUGAGUCCCACAGCUUCGCUGUCCACCCCGUCCCAGCUACACCGGACUUUUAGAGAAAUCCCCGAAGACCUGAAAUCCGCAGCCGACUGAACGAAUCGCCCCUCUUCUACUGCAGACCGUCGCGCCGUCUUGGACUCGCAAUGAGUUUGGAACGGUGGCGGCCGUCUCCCCUCUCCAACCGUGGCCUCGGGCCCCCUCCAGCCGCAUUUCGGAAAAAAGCAUUUGCUGGCCUUCCCUCUAGAGCAUCUCUCCGCGGCCGGCCGCUCUGCAGAUUAACGUGCCGGUAUACGGGUCGGACAUCUUGUGGGCCGACGUCGUUUUCGUAAAAAGUCCUCGAGAGGUGGCGAUUUAUACAGUGGCGAUCGUCUGCCGAAACAGUUAACGAGGCUCUUCGCCGGUUGGGUGAUUUAUAUGGGUGACUGAUGUGAACAGAGGCGGCGGAAUCAGCCUCGGUUCCCGGCGUGCCCGGUUAAAUGAAGGCUUAUUUAUUUGACGGUAAUUUUAUGGGCUACGGAGGCCCUCCUAUCAAACUGUGGAACAGUGUAGUAAUCUAGUGCUUUAAAGAAGUAUCUAGAGUGUU